UUUUGUUUUGCUGGUUUUCGUUUUCGUUUUCGUUUUCGUUUUCGUUGGGGAAGUAGAAGAAAAACGUGCUCGUUCCCCCGUUCUCCUCCGCUGCCGAUUACAAGAAAGGAUCCGGUAUUAGGGUUUCCGAUCCCUCCAUUCUCCGCCACCUCUCCUCCCUCUAGCGACCAUCUUCGAUCCGCGGGUAGAGUAGAGGUCUCGGCGCUGAUGUUCUCGCGCUCGGGUUCUCAGAUAUGAGAGCGCCGGAGCAACUGCUCGCUGAGAUGUCCCUAACGGCCACGCCGUCGGAUCUUCCAUUGGUCACCGUCCAGAUUCCCGCUGCCUACCCCUCGUGGUUCGUGGGUUGCCAUGGUCCUCCGUACAACCUCGCGUUGAUCGUCCCCUCCGCUUUAUUCGUCGCUUACCUCGCUUGGCUGGCGCGGAAGAGCUUCCUUAAGCUCACGUCCGGCCAGUCUCAUCUGAUGGUUUCCUACUAUGCUCUCCUGUGGCUUGUCAGCCUCCUCAAUUUCUUCUGGUGCCUAGUCCAGGUGUGGCAGUGUACUGCUGCAAAGGAAUCUGCAUGGAAUAUGUUAUCUUUGUUUACAGAAACUGGGUUGUUGUUCAUGGAAAUAAGCUUGUUGGCGUUUCUGCUUCAAGGAAGUCAUGCUGGUGGAUUAGAUGUUUUAACACGUACAUUUAUUGUGUCUGGAGUAAUUGUUGCCGCUGAUACACUACUAAAGACUAUCUACAUAUAUGGCUUUGGGGUUCCUCUAUUUGCAGACAGCAAUAAUAAAGAAAACCGUGCAAGAUGGGGCUUGUGGAUUGUCCACAAGCUGCUGCUCAGUGCAGUCUAUGGCUUCAUUUUCUUCAUGCAUCACUCAAAGUGGAGAGAAAGAUUACCUGCAAGACCAUCAUUCUACAACUAUGUUUGUGCUAUGCUGUUGCUGAAUACAAUGUCCCUGUUCGGUUGCCUGCUUGCUGCAAAUGGAUCUGGAUUUGGAAUAUGGUUGUUCAAUCUAACAACUGUAUGCUACCACUCUCUUUAUCUUCCACUUCUAUAUGUGGUCUUCCUUGCAGAAUUUUUCCAGGAAGAAGAUAUGCACUUGGAGAAUGUGUACUACUCUGAAAUGAAGGAUGCCGGUUUCUUUGAUGAUGAUUGGGAUUAUACAUCAGACAAAUAGGUUCUAUGCUUGUCAGGAUAGCAUAAUGCAAAAACCCAAAACUUCAUAAGUUUAAGCAUUUGUAUGACACAUUUAACAUUCCAAUAUUAUCUUCCUAAAACUGUUGUCCUUUUUUUAA